AUGGAUCCAAACAACAACAACAACAAUAUUGUUAAUCCUAAUGCUCUCAAUGCUCCUAAUAUGCCUAAGCAACCUAGAAGGACACUUGGCUCAUACAUAGCUCCUAGCCCUGCCUUCUAUGGCAACAACAUUGUUGUACCUCCUAUGGCUGCUAAUAAUUUUGAGUUGAAGCCUCAGCUCAUUGCUUUGGUGCAAAAAAAAUUUGAUACAGUGUCUAAUCCAAGGAAAGAGUGCAAGGCCAUACAUUUGAGAAGUGGUAAGGUAACAUGCUCAAAAGCAAAAGUAAGUGAGGAACCAGUUGAAAAAAAAGCUCCAAAGAAGGCUAAGAGCCAAGAAGAAUAUACCCUUCCAAGGCAUCCGAAUAACCCCUUGCCGGUUGAUCUUGAGCAAUAUCUGGCAAAGCCUAAAGCACCUGAGUACAAGCCUAAGAUGGCAUAUCCUCAAAGACUUCAGAAGGCUUCUAAAGACAAGCGAUUUUCCAUAUUGUUAGAGGUUUUCAAGAAGCUUCAGAUCAACAUUCCUUUUGUAGAGGCCCUUGAGCAAAUGCCUCUUUAUGCUAAGUUUAUAAAGGAGUUGUUAACCAACAAGAGGAUUGGAAGGAGAGUGAAACCGUGGUGCUUACAAAGGAAUGUAGUGCUAUUAUUCAGAAGGAUCUCCCCGAGAAUAUGCAAGAUCCUGGAAAUUAAUGAGGUAAAAUCCACUAUUCAGAGGGCAUUAUGUGAUCUUGUAGCUAGCAUCAAUCUCAUGACACUUUCCUUGAUGAGAAAGCUCUAA